CCUACCACCUAGGUACCUACAGCCACGGCCUAUAGUCGCAGCUCCCUCCUACAUUCGUCAUGGUGCCCUCCUUGGCACGCAGAUUCCAAUGAAACGCGAGGUGUCCUGAGCAUGCAAUUCGCGCUCUGCAUUCUUCAAUGUGACGAAUCAAUGAGCAGCAUACCCUCAUUCUAGCACUUUUUGUCUCGACAUUUCAUUCUCCUCCUAUUCUUGCUCGGUAUCCGCAUCGAGGGCUGUCACGUAUUGCUUGUUUUGCUCUUCAGGUCCAUUGGCACUGCAUGUUCACUUCUUACGACAGCAGGUUGCCGACUAAAAACAUUCCAUGAUCGCCUUCAAUCCUCACCUCCUACCUAGGUAGCACAUCAUGCUCCGGUCAAAAUUGUCUCGUGGGCCCGUCUAUCAGCCAAUGUCUCGGCAACACCAGAGAACCCUCACAUACCUACUCCUCGGAGCCAUCACAUUCGGCGCAUACUAUAUUUGGUCCGCCCCACCAAUCGAUCCGCUCGCCGUACCCUUCCAUCUCCACGAGGCCUACAUGAACAAUCGAGAUGCUACAAAAAGGGCCGUGUCUUAUCAAUCGUACGAUUGGAGGACAGCUCCCUUUGUGAACAAGAUUGAGUCAUACAUACCUCUACCGACUGGCAAACCCCACAAACUCCCACCUAUCCAGUUCGAGAAAUUCUCCGAAACGAAGUCACAAAGACAGAGAAGAGAAGCACAGAGAGUCGCUGUGCGGGAGGAGUUUCAGCUCACCUGGGAGAGCUAUAGAGACUUCGCCUGGGCGCACGAUGAGCUCAGGCCAGUGACAGGAGAAGCUAUAGAAACAUUUGGCGGCUGGGGCGCAACACUGGUAGACUCGCUCGACACGUUAUGGAUCAUGGGAUUCAAAGAGGAGUUCUACGAGGCGGUAGACGCUGUAGCUGCUAUUGAUUUUGGGCACACGAACCUCACAGCUAUUAGCGUUUUUGAAACGACAAUCAGAUAUCUAGGAGGCUUGCUGAGCGCAUACGAUUUGAGCUAUGAACCUGUCUUGUUGGAGAAGGCGGUACAGGUGGGAGAAAUGAUAUACCGCGCUUUCGACACAACGAACAACACACCUUUGGAAGCGCUUGAUAUUAAGAAAGCAAAGUCAUUCGAGAGGAUAGAGUUUGCGGCAGAGACCAGCAUCUGCUUUGCCUGCCUUGGGUCUCUAGCUAUGGAGCUCACCCGUCUCGCUCAAAUCAGUGCUCAGCCCAAAUUCUACGACGUCGUUGCUCGAGUCAGCGCUCUGAUAGAUCGAAUGCAGGAUACGACCAAAAUACCCGGACUCUGGCCAACAAUGGUAAAUGCUGCGAACGAGGAGUUCAACCAAUCGCGCUCCUUCUCCAUUGGCGCCCUAGCCGAUUCAACGUAUGAGUAUUUUCCCAAGAUGCACGCUCUACUCGGAGGCCUGGAACCAAUAUACGAGAAGAUGUUCGAGACCUCGGCUGCCAUGAUGGACAAGUAUAUGCUCUUUCGCCCUAUGGUUCCAAACGAAGUGGACGGAGAAGACCUUUUGCUUUGUGGUGAGGUCUCCACAUCCAGGCCUAGACAUGUCAAGCUCCAGGCGACAAUGCAGCACCUCACAUGCUUUAUCGGCGGCAUGUUUGGCCUCGCCGGACGUCUAUUCUCCGACGCACACCAUGUCGACCUUGGCGGCAAGCUCACAAAAGGGUGUAUAUACGCCUACGCGGCAAUGCCCUCAGGCAUCAUGCCAGAGAAUUUUGAUAUGGUACCGUGCGCCUCUCGAACAUCAUGCCCGUGGAACCAGACGCUGUGGGAGGCAGGUGUCAAGUACCACUACGGCGGGGGAUUUAUCUCAGAUUUCGAUGCGCUGAUUGAGAAGUACAACAUUCCGCCUGGCUUCACUAACAUCCGGGAUACACGAUAUCUGCUCCGUCCUGAAGCUAUCGAAUCCGUAUUCAUCAUGUACCGCAUCACCGGUGACCAGAGGUACCUUGACGAUGCGUGGGAUAUGUUCACGGCCAUUGUCGGUGCGUCCGCAACGACUUUUGCGAACGGCCAGGUCUUGGAUGUUACAUUUGUGCCGCCUCCGCCCGGUCAAUGGACGCAGCAGCGGGUACCUGGUGUCAGGGGCGGUAUCUUCACAAGAGAGGACAACAUCGAGAACAAGAUGGAAAGCUUCUGGACUGCGGAGACGCUGAAGUACUUCUACCUCAUCUUCAGUCCGCCGGAUAUGAUGUCCCUCGAUGACUGGGUUUUCAACACAGAAGCACACCCAUUCAGAAGACCGCAUAUCAGGAAGUAG